AUGACGCCGUUCGACGAGGCCAUCCAGAAGCUCAACAACUCGGGUUACACCAGCUUCGUCUCCCUCGUCAACGCCUACGGCAAGAUGAAACAGGUCAAGGAUGCUCUCUCAAAGCCGCUCACCAUGCUGGUGCCGUCGAACGCGGCGAUCAGCAAGCUGCAGAUCACCAAGUACAAGUCAACGGAGCUGAUGGUGGUCGUCGGAUUCUCGGCCUUCAAGAAGGUCAUUCCCGCCGAUGCGCUCAAGACCCUGCCCGUGGGCAGCAACAUCACGACUCUCGCGAGCACCAAGGCGGGGAAGCCAAUGACGCUGCAGAAGCAGGCGAACAACAAGAAGGGGCAGGUGGUGCUGCAGGGAAAGAAGGGCAGCACGAUGGCGAUCACCAAGCUCAACUUCUACCUCAAGCCCGGCAAGCUCGUCGUUCACACCACCGAUGCUGUUGCGUUCCCCACCACGCUCCAGGGCACUGUUCUGUAA